GUUUUUCAUUUCUGCAUUCGCUUGUUGGGUGUGGUGCUCGCUGCUUUUAUCGAUCCCUUUAAAAUCUAAAAAAGCUUCUGGUUUUGCUUUUUUAUUGUGACAAACAGUUUUCAACCACUAACUAUGCCGCCAAGUGUAAGUUUUUUCUCUUUCUUAUUUUGCAGAUGAUUAAGCAAAGACGACCGACAAAAUCUAUAUAGUAGCUAGUCUGCCUUAUCUUGAGAAAUAAAAGGGAUAUUUUUUAUCGAUUCUUCCACUAACGAUAAACUUGUUGAAUGUUCGAGUUUAUACCAUUGAUGCUGAACUGGAAUUUACAGUUCUAUCGAGCACAACUGGACAACAACUCUUUGAUCAAGUUGUAAAGACUUUGGGAUUAAGAGAAGUAGGAUAUUUUGGUCUUUCAUAUCGAGAUCCUAAAGGAUUUACUAUGUGGUUGAGAUUGGAUAAGAAAAUUUCCAGUCUAGACAUAGCUAAAGACCCUUGUUUAACGUUUAAUUUUCGCGCCCAAUUCUUUCCGGAAGAUGUAGCUGAAGAACUAAUUCAAGACAUAACCCAAAGAUUGUUUUAUCUUCAAGUUAAAAGAAGUAUCCUAAAUGAAGAUAUUUAUUCCCCAGCUGAUGUAAGCGUCCUUUUAGCUUCAUAUGCUCUUCAAGCGAAAUACGGAGACUUCCAUAAGAGUAUUUCUAUCAGUGAAGAUAAUCUCCUCCCGCAAUCUGUGAUAGAUAACCACAAACUUUCUAGAGAAGAAUGGGAAGAGAGGAUUAUAACUUGGUGGAAAGAUCACACAGACCUUUUAAGAGAAGAAGCUAUGAUGGAAUAUCUAAAGAUUACACAAGAUCUCGAAAUGUAUGGUGUUAACUAUUUUGAGAUAAAGAACAAAAAAGGAUCUGACUUGUUACUAGGUGUUGAUGCUUUAGGCCUAAACAUUUAUGAGCCUAAUGACAAAUUAAUACCCAGAGUUGGAUUCCCAUGGUCAGAAAUUCGCAACAUUUCUUUUAACGAUAAAAAGUUUAUAAUUAAACCAAUUGACAAGAACUCUCCUGAAUUUGUCUUCAUCGCACCUCGCCUACGUAUAAACAAGCUAAUUUUGUCUUUAUGUAUGAAGAAUCACGAACUCUAUUUGCAGAGACGUCAAGCCGAAUCGAUUGAGAGUCAGCAAAUGAGAAUUGCUGCAUUGGAAGAGAGAAGAAAUAAAAAAUUUGAAAGGCAAUCCGUGAAAGAAGCUAAAAAGAAAAUUGAACAGAUCGAAAGAGAAAAAGAAGAAUUACGAGAACGACUAUCGAAAUACGAAGAAGAAAUGAAAAAAGCCAAGGAGGAUUUAGAAAAUUCUCAAAUUGUUGCUAGAGAAUUAGAACUAAAAGCUAGUACAUUGGUAGCAGAAGCCGAAAAACUGGCAGAAGCUAGAAGGCAAGCGGAAGAAGCUGCUAGACAAGCUGAACAGGCUAGAUCAUGUGAGAAAGAGGAAUACGAAAAACUAAAAUCGGAAGCUGAAACUAGAUUAAGAGAAAUAGCAGCAAUGGAAGCAAGAGAAAGCGAAUUGCAAGAAAAAAUGGAAAGUUUGCAGAUAGAGUAUAACAAAGCUCAAUUUGAAGUAGAACAAUCGCAAUUAAGGAUGCAGGAAGCUAUAGAAGCAGCUCCAGUUAUUGAAAGAGAAGUCACACCACAAACAGACGUUGCAGAACAAACAGAAGUUCCAGUUGCUAUAGAAACAAACGGUUAUAAAGAAGACCAAGUAGAUUCUGUAGUAGAGACAGUCGUCCAAGAAAUCGUAAAUAAUAACAUAGAAGUUGCUGAAGUCCAACAGCAACAAAAUGAGAUACCAGUAAAAGAAGAAGAAGAAGAAGAAGAAAAUCCAGCAGAUAGCAUUACUAAUAAAAAAAAAUUAGAGGCUCUUCGUCAAGAAUUGGGUGAAAAGAGGGGAAAUAUUUCAAGGAAUGAUGUUAUUCAUCACAAUACCCUACUACAAGGGCUCGACAAGUACAAGACUCUUAAACAGAUUCGUAUGGGUAAUACUAAAAACCGAAUUGAUCAAUUUGAGUCAUUGUAAGAAACUUUUUAUUUGCUGUUUUUUCGUUGAAAACUCUAAAUAUUCAAAUUGUAGUUAUAGAUUUUACGAAUAUGUAAAUUUGUCUUUUAAUCGUUAGCAAAAUUUGUAGGGGCAAUAAGCAAAAAAUCUUUUUCAAAAGAACUUUAUAUAAGAUAACAGAAAUGGAAAAAAAUUUGUUAAUCACAGGAAUUAUUUAUGAAUCAUUUUAGAUUAUUCGUGAAUAUAUGUAUUAGUAUAUAUAUAAAGAUAAACAUUAGGGAAAAGAAUUUUGUUAGAUCGUUAAUUAGACAAUGUUGGAUAAUAGGUUAAAUCCUGUUAAUUUUUCUAAUGAUUACUUGAGUUAAAGAAGAAUAGAAUAAAUAUUUAAAUUAAAGAAAAGUAAUUGUGUAAUCAUCUUUUCUUUCAUAUUUUUUUAAAAGAAAAAGCAGAGUAGAAUAUAAUAAAAUUAGUCUUUCAGUCCUAAUUAGUCGUAGAGGAAAAAGUAUAAGCUAGGUAAUAAGAACGUAAUGCAUAUCAUUUUCUUCACUGCAUACCGUACAUUUUUCUUAUAAUAUUGUAUUGUUUCUUUCUCUUUGUUUUAUUAUUAUUAUCUUUGUAAGUCUAUUGUAUUUUUUCUCUUAAAUGGUGCCAUAUUAUCUUUAAUUCUAAGCAGCCAUUUUUGUUCUUCUUUUUUGUAUUAUUGUAUAAUGAUUUCCAAAGUAUUUUAAAAUCAUUCAUUUUGUGAUGUCGCAUUUUUUCUGAAUAUGCUCCAAAUCAAGAUAAUUUAAAAAAGAGCUGAAUCAUGCAAAUUUUAUUCAAUACACAUUUUUAACAAGAUCCUUUCAAUCU